CUUCGAGACUCCAUUAGUAUCGGUCUGAUGGAUGAUAAUUAUCCACACCAUCGUAUUUUGACUGGAGCGUAGCUAACAGGCAACUUUCUGUUGGCAAGUACGCAACGAUAAGCAAUUUUCGUGUCUUGUGAGACGAUCGGUAAAUGUUGCUUUCUCCAAGUAUGUGUCUCUAAAAGAUCGAAAGAUUUAGUUAGCAGAAGAAUACCUGCGGGUUGAUACGUAGAGGUGUGGAGGGCGCUACUAAUUAUCUCCCCUUUGACCUAUACUUGGCAAUGAUCCUCGCCUGGCAACUCUCCGACAUCAUGCUAAGAAGAUAGCUCCCGGUUUUACGCCUCCAUGACCGACCAUAAGCGAAGGUUACAUUAUUUCUCACUCACCGAUCCCGUAACUUACAUAUGUUAGAUGGUAGCUAGCUAUAUAAACGCACCAAGCCAAUCGGCAAGGUUCGAUGAAGCCUAGGUAGGUAGGAGCCCGCAUUUCGGAACAGGGGACGUGGGUUUUAUUCGCACUUCUCGCUCUCUGGUGGGUUUUAUAUCAACAGAUCAUAUCUUCCCAUCGACGCUCCCAGAGAGAUUCCCGAGCGCAACAUUGCGUGACAUUAUUUAGUCGUCCGGCGGAUUUUGACACGUUGAUCUGCCUUUAGAUUUGGGAAGUCUCAUCUACGCACAGCUAAGAUUUGAUACCCCGGUAAGGAUGGAGCCGAAGAGGAACGGCGGUAGUUUCGCACCCGCUGUAACUGACGGACAAAAAGAUCACCUAGCCCUUGACGCGGUAUCCGGGAAGUACGCGUCGGCGUCGUCCGGAAUUUCGGCAGCGUACUCAUCAGCUCCCGCCUUCGAUUCUUCCAUCACGAAGGCCGAAAUACCAGGAUCGGUGGACCAGGAAGAGGUCGUUAACGAUGUGCCAUUGGACGCUAAUACCCCUAUUUCCUAUCUUUACUUGACGUUCGACACGCCACUGCCAUGCCUAAGUGCGAGGAGACCGCAGUCGGACCCCGGCGACCUUCCGGCGUGUCCUGACCUCUCUCCAUACGCAGACCCGAUGAAGUGGCCGUUGGCGCGCAAAGGGGUUAUGGUGGUUAUAUCUUGCAUGGCCACUUGCUUUACGGCGUACGCGGCCGGCGCGUAUUCUGUAUCUGCGGAUCUGAUCGCCGCAGAGUUCAACACUACACGCGAGAGCGCUCUGGUUGGCGUGACCACAUUCUGCAUCGGCUUCGCUAUCGCCCCUAUGAUUUUGGCUCCGUUUUCGGAGAUCAACGGGCGCUACCCCAUCUUCGCCAUUGCCGGCGUCAUAUUUGUAGUCUUUCAGGCCGUCUGCGGCGUGGUCACUAACUUGGCGGGUAUGUUGAUUGCCCGGUUUUUCAAGGGCGUCGGCGGAAGCGUGUUUAGCACCAUGGUGGGCGGUGUAAUCGCCGACAUGUACGAGAAGGAAGACCGCAACAUGCCGAUGGCGCUCUUCAGCGGCGCCGUCCUGGUCGGUACCGGCCUCGGACCGCUUGUGGCUGCGGUAAUGGUUCAGCAGUGGGGAGGCGAGGGCCAGAAGUGGAAAUGGGUAUUUUGGCAUCAGGUUAUCAUAGAUUUUAUUUUGAUGAUUGCCGUUGUGGUAUUUUUCAAGGAGAGCCGCGGCUCGGUGCUACUAUCAAGAAAGGCAAGGGCAUUGAAUAAAUGGUAUCAACAGCUGGAGGAAAAAGGGGUGUUUGGAGUUUAUAUUCCCGGAUCGAAUGGUGACGCGGAUAUUAUCUCGAGAGUAGUGGCGACCAGGAACAAUGAUACGUCGGCCAAGGAGAAGGGCCUGUCGGCGCUCACAGCGGAAUCUAAUCAGAAGGGAUCUCCAGGGUUGCGGCGAAUUAGAUGGACCGUCAAGGAAGACGAGCAGCGGACAUCCCUCGCCACGAUGAUAACCGUAUCGUUAUUUAGGCCAUUCAUGUUCCUCUUCACGGAACCCAUCGUCUUCUUCUUCUCGCUGUGGGUAUCUUUCGCAUGGGGUAUUCUCUACCUGACUUUCGGGUCUAUUCCGCUCGUAUUCCAGAGACAGUACAACUUUAACACCGAACAGUCCGGCUUCGUCUUUAUCGCCAUGAUCAUAGGCUCUAUACUCGCAACUAUCCUCGGUAUAUAUCAAGAAGGAAUGCUCAAACAUCCCAAGUGGCGAUCCGGAUCAGAUAGCUCAGAGACGGACAGCUCGGAGGACAGCUCGGAGAUCGGUACAGGUACAGGUACAGGUACUGGGUUCUGGGCAUUUGUGAGACGGAAAUUCCCGGCCCAAUCUCCCGAAUCGCGACUCUAUUUUACCUGCUUCACGUCAGUGCUGCUGCCGACAGGUCUAUACCUAUUCGGAUUCGCGUCUCAGCCGUCGAUCCACUGGAUGGUUCCUACGUUUGCAAUAUUCCUCGCUACGAUGGGCAUCUUUUACGUAUACUUGGCUACAUUUAACUAUCUAGCAGACAUCUAUCAAGCGUACGCGUCAUCGGCGCUGGCCGCGCAGUCUUUCUGCCGAAACGUACUCGGUGGAGUAUUCCCACUUGUCACGGGUUUGCUGAUCCGAAAUCUCGGAGAAGACGCGAUGGGUGGGCUACUGGGCGGAAUUGCUACCGUAUUGACAAUCGUACCGUGGGCUUUGGUCUUGUUCGGAAGUAGAAUCCGGGCCCGGAGCUCGUUUGCUAUUGCGCUUGAGCAAAAGUGAAGAGAAUAUAACGUAUAGCUUUGUAGAUGAAAGAAGGUAUAAGCGCGAGCAUGCUAUAUACAGGAUAUAUUGUGCUAAAUUUGGGAGAGAGGUCUAAAAUAGACAAUGAAGGACUUGAAGUAGAAUAAUACCAAACCGUCGGAGAGAAUAGAAAUCGAAUAAAGUCUAAUAUGGAGAUAGCGUUGCUUCGUGGACGAGUCUGAACAUAUUUGGGACGGGAUGGCUGGUAUAGUACUUUUGAUACUCUCAGGCUGAACUUGCUUCAUUGCCUAACCUGGACGGACGGUGUUGCCAAUUCAACACCUGGGAUCGGCGAGAUAGUUAUUGGUUAUACCUUUUCCAAUAUAACUCUUCAUCCAGUAAA